AUGGCAAAUAUUCGCCAAGAACUAACUAACGUGCUGACUGAGACUGGUGUGGAAUUUCCAACUACAGCAACGACAACCCAAUUGCGCCGAUUGCUGCGGGAUGUGGUAGGAGCCACUCGGAGCACGGAAAUUUCAAGAAAUGACGAUAAUUUAAAUUCUGCCGCUACUGCUGGUACUGCCGCUGUUGAUGCCACUGCUACUGCCGACGUUUUCACCUCUGCUGACGACACUGCCGGUACUGACACUAAUGCUGCUAUUAGUGCUACUGCCGCUACUAAUGCUACUGCCGCUAUUGAUACUACUGCCGCUAUUGAUAUUAUUGCCGCUUCUGAUGUUUUUGACUCUGCCGCUACUGAUGUACGUGCCGCUGCUGACGUACGUGCCGCUGCUGACGCUACCAAUAUUAGAAACUGUGGACGGACUAGUAUGUUUAUUGGUCUAGAUGAAGAGAUCGCAGCUUUGCAAAAGCGGGUAGAAAUUCUCAAGCUGGCCAAACAAAUCGAAGAACUCGAAGGCCGUCCGAAAAAUCAGAGUAUACGGCGUCUGGAAUUUGGGGACCUUGAACAUGCCAUCCCCAAAUUCAGUGGAGAUGAUGUCACUUUAACGGUGAACCAAUUCCUAAAAGAUUUUGAGGAUCUAAUGGAAUCGACUGGAGCUGACGACCGAUUUAAACUGCUUGCACUUCGUCGUUCGCUGACGGGCACGGCGAAAGUUUUCCUGACGACAACAGUAGCGUUGAACUAUGGUGCGCUAGGGAAAGCGCUAAAAGACGAAUUCGACAUAUCCGUCACACGGCAUGAGAUAUAUAAGAUGUUGGCACAACGUCGCUGGAAGCGGAAAGAUGAGUCGCUGCACUGUUAUGUGCUGACAAUGCAAGCCUUAGGAAAACGAGCCAAUGUCAGCGAUCUUGAGGUUAUUGAUUUUAUUAUUGAUGGAAUCGGGAAUGUCCCAAACUCGCAUAUCCUUAUGACGGCCCGAACCUUAGACGAAUUCAAGACGCUGGUGAUCCGUUUCCAAAACAAAUAUUUUGCAGUUGGCACGGCACAGACAGCAGCUCCCAAAACAACAAAACCAGCAGCCGAACAAAAAAUAAAGUGCUACAAUUGUUCGAAGGAUGGCCACAUCAAACCCAACUGCCCUUACCCUAUGCGACCAAAUGACGCCUGUUUCCGAUGUUGGAAGAUGGGGCACGAUCACCGAUCCUGCCCGAACCCACCAAAAGUUUUGAAGCCCCGAGAAGUUGCUGCCGUACAAGUGGAUACAGACCAUGACGUGGUUGGCGCAUUUAAUUAUUCCGACUAGCCUUAUCCAGGAGUCACUGGUUCCUAAAGGGGUCCAAAAGGAAUGUGUAAAGAGACCAGUUCAAAAAUACAAAGGCAUU